CUUGAUAGAUUGUUGAAUUCAAAAGUAAAGUAGAAACGAAUCCCGAGGAACACCAAGAAACGAUAGAUACUUCUUCAAGUAGAAGAAGAAGAAAGAGCGACAGAAACAAUGGGAGGUUCUGUGUUUGGUCCAGCCAGAUCAGGGCAGACGAUAAUGGUUGCUCUCGUUCUUAUGGUUGGAUCAUUUUACACUGGCUCUCUCUUCGGAACCAACCAACCCAUUUACGUCUCUCAACCUUUUUCUCACUCUGCUUCUUCCAAAUUUGCAAACAAAGUCGAGCUUACUUAUAGAAGAUUACCACUAGUCAUACCUGAAACUGGGAUGAAUGUGUGUCCAUUGGAGUUCAAUGAGUAUAUACCUUGCCACAAUGUCACCUAUGUGCAUCAGCUGCUUCCAAGCUUGAAUCUUUCUAGAAGAGAAGAGCUUGAAAGGCAUUGCCCGCCACUCGAGCAGCGCCUUUUUUGCUUGGUACCUCCGCCAAAUGAUUAUAAGAUACCCAUAAGAUGGCCAACCAGUAGAGACUAUGUAUGGAGAAGUAAUGUGAAUCAUACACAUCUUGCUCAAGUUAAAGGUGGCCAAAAUUGGGUGCAUGAGCAAGGUCAGUUUUGGUGGUUCCCUGGUGGUGGUACUCAUUUUAAGCAUGGAGCUGCAGAAUACAUCCAGAGGUUAGGGAAUAUGAUGACUAAUGAAACAGGUGACUUGCGUUCGGCUGGGGUGGUACAAGUUCUUGAUGUUGGCUGUGGCGUUGCCAGCUUUGCGGCUUAUCUUCUUCCUUUAGGUAUACAGACAAUGUCAUUUGCUCCCAAAGAUGGUCAUGAAAACCAGAUUCAGUUUGCAUUGGAAAGAGGCAUCGGUGCAAUGAUAUCCGCGGUUGCCACCAAACAAAUGCCUUAUCCUGCAGCCUCGUUUGAGAUGGUUCAUUGUUCGAGAUGUCGUGUUGAUUGGCAUGCAAAUGAUGGUAUCUUACUUAAAGAAGUUCAUCGUCUUCUCCGACCAAAUGGAUUCUUUGUGUAUUCAUCGCCACCAGCUUACAGAAAGGAUAAAGAGUAUCCUAUGAUUUGGGAUAAAUUGGUCAAUCUAACUAGUGCAAUGUGCUGGAAGCUCAUUUCCCGGAAGGUACAGACUGCAAUAUGGAUUAAAGAAGAGAGCGAGGUGUGCCUUAGGCAGAAUGCAGAACUAAAGCUCAUAAGUUUAUGUGAUGUGGAAGAUGUUUUGAAACCAUCAUGGAAAGUUCCUCUGAGAGAUUGUGUGCAAAUCAGUGGACUAACAGAAGAGAGACCCUCUUCUUUACUUGAACGUCUUUCUGCUUAUCUGGGGACUCUAAGAAAAAUAGGGAUCAGUGAAGAUGAAUAUACAUCAGAUACAGUCUACUGGAGAGAACAAGUUAAUCACUAUAGGCAGUUAAUGAAUGUCAAUGAGACUGAAGUCAGGAAUGUGAUGGACAUGAACUCAUUCAUUGGUGGGUUUGCUGCAGCUAUGAAUUCGUAUCCUGUUUGGGUAAUGAACAUAGUACCUGCUACCAUGAAUGAUACCUUGUCUGGAAUUUUCGAGAGAGGCUUAAAUGGAGCUUUCCAUGAUUGGUGUGAGCCGUUCUCAACAUAUCCACGCACGUAUGAUUUGCUGCAUUCCGAUCAUGUCUUCUCUCAUUACCAAAGCUACGGAGAUGGUUGUUUGCUAGAGGAUAUCAUGAUUGAGAUGGACCGCAUAGUUCGCCCUCAGGGGUUUGUCAUAAUAAGGGACGAGGAAUCUAUCAUCUCAAGGAUCCGAGACUUGGCUCCUAAAUUCUUGUGGGAAGUGGAAACUCAUGAGCUUGAAAACAAAGACAAGAAGACAGAGACUGUUUUGUUUUGCAGAAAGAGAUUCUGGGCUAUCAUUUGAAUAGACUCGUUAUUUUUGCUUUCUGAUGCAGCUUAGCUCUGAUGAUAGUUUACGAUAAUAAUAAAUUGAUUAUACUCUC